GAAGGUAUUCAUUACUAUUAUCAACUACAUGUAUGUCCCAUGGUCAUUUCAGAAUACACUUGGUCAUCCACCUGCCUGGGCUGGUUCUGUCGAAGGAGCAAGUGUGCCUCAUUAUUCUCAGCUGGAUAGCAAGAUGCCCCUGCCUGCGCAAUUCGGUGCUGCGUCACAUCAAACUCCGCAUACAGCUAACUCAUUACCUCCUAUCAGACACAUAUAAAGUAUUGCCAUAUAAGUAUAUAUGUGUUGCCGUUAGUAUUGUUAGGGCGAACUUAUUCUAACAGCUACAGGGGGAUAGAAUAGGUCCGGACGGUUUCAUCCUCACGAAUGUUCGUUUUUUUCCCGUGUGAAAUAAUGAAAAUUUCCUGAAACGUUGCUUUGUCUGAAAAAUCAUGAUAAGAGGAUCUUUUGGUAUGCCAGGAUAAGAUUUGUGAUGUGACAAAUAACUCGGUAUAAGUAUCGGUAUAAGGUUCCCCCACUGGCGCUUACCAUUGUGAAGAAAGGGGUCGCGGGUGAUCCACGACAAGUAGUACGAUGGAUAUGUGCUUGUCCUGUCUCGACUAACACUGAGUUCUAGUGGCGAGCUCAAUAGCACAUAAUGGUACGUGGAUAUGUCAGGCACCAGAUCUACAGCAAAUUAGAUCAAAACAAUGUAGAAGUAUCGUGACAAUGACACUUCUCUUCGUAUUCUGAUGCAGUUUCUGUAUCUGGCGAACAGUGCGCUUGUAAAUGUCGAAAUCGCCAAGUUUGGAUUUGAUCACUUGACGAUUUCGAAACUUACUUGGGCUAAUGAAACUACUCUCACCUUUGUCACGGGCAAUACCUUCUGUUAUGAUGCGCUUUAGCAUAAAUAUACAUACCAGUGGCUAUGGUAGCUCUUGAGAGUGUAUGAGAUUAAUUUGUACAUUGUUUUUUUCAUGUAAUUAUGACAGUAUUGGCCCAUUUCUCAAGCCUGAGAAUGUACGAUUUUGCCAUGCUUAGCAAGCUUUGACAAGUUUAUUUGUUUGUAAUGAACAAUUAUCAAACGACGCUUAGAGAAUUCUCGUAUCGACUUGUCACACCGACCUCUUAAUACUUUGAAUAUAUAUGGUAUUUAAGUUUGAAUAUAAGUAGCACGUUAUUAACAAGUAAUGAAGCAUUACUUGCUUGGGGUUUCAAUUGUGUAAUGCAAUCCAAUCAGUGGUUGACAAACUGUUUACAGACAUAAUUAUAUCCCAUCCUUAAGUAAUAAGGGGAUUUUUGAGUAACAUCAAACCAAAACGCGUGGUGAAAAUACGUCGCCUCUUUUUUAAUGCCGACAGGAAUAUGUACAGGUCCUUUCCCUUGUCAGUGGAGUAGAUAGGGAUUCCAUGAUGACACAAGCACAAAAAAAGUAAACGAGAACGCGCUUUAUUGACCUAGGUCCAAAUGUCGACUUCAUUUUCUAUAAGGGUAUUAUUAUCUUAUCUUCAUAAAUAUGGUGGCACACCUUAAUCUCUGCCUUCGAGUUUUGUAUGAAGAUAUAGAUCUGACUACAGAACGUGUUGAGAGUUCAACUUUCUAGCGACAAUGAUUUUGAACAGUUGCUUAGAAUCAUUUCUUCUGCUAUAUUUGUCAUCAACAGUCACCUCUAUUUGCCCCAACGGAUGGACAAAGUAUGACCAGUCAUGUUACUCUCUUUACAAGAUGAAGGCAUCAUGGAUAGAUGCAGGGAGUUACUGCCGUGAAUUUGGGGGACACCUUGCAACACUUAACACAACAAGCAAAGUGACCAACAUAAAAUCGUUUCUGAAUUAUGUAAAUCAGAAUGCGAACGUUUGGGUCGGCGGUAACGACCUAAGAUCAGAAGGGAUGUGGGUGUGGGACAUUGACCAGGCCAGCUUCACAAACACUGACUGGCACCCUGGUCAACCGAAUGGAGGCAGUGAACAUUGUCUUGAGCUUUAUCAACCCACCCAUUUCACGUGGCACGACUCGACCUGCUCUAACAAAUAUGACUACAUAUGUGAACGAAGGUCCGAAGCCUCAAGUUAAUAUAGUUUGAUGUCCCUGCGUCAACAGGUGGUACACCAUCAGCACCAAACUCCCAGCGUUUAUAUCAUCGAUACCUGUAUCGUGUAUAUAGCCAAUAAAUGAGUCUCAGA